CACAGCGGCCAUCUUGGAACAUCGUUUACCCGUCUCGUCGGAGGUAUUAUUGCAAAAUGGCAGCUAGAAGGAUUGGGAAGUAUGUACCAGAUUGGGUUAAGCUGGCAACAAAAUGCCCCGAGGCAGAAAGACCACAUUACAAUAGAUUGAGGACCAAUUUUGAGAAUAUAAAAACGCAACUGGAUGGAGUUGCACCCAAACCAGAGCCAAUUAACUGGGACCUGUAUGCCAAGAACAUAUCUAAACCAGGAAUGGUUGAAGCUUUCAAGAAGGCUUAUGGUGCAGUUACUGUACCCUACCCAAUUGAUACACUCACAUCAAAAAUAAAUGAGGCAGAGAAAGAGAUGGAAACGUUGGCUAAGGAAUCUAUAGAGGAAGCAAAUGAAGCUAUUGCUCUGUGUGAAGCUGAGCUUGCAAAAAUCAGGAGCAUGAAACCCUAUGAGGAGAUGUCUAUUGAUGAGUUUUUAGAUCUCCAUCCAGAGGUCAAGAAAUUUGUAGAUGAAAAAAUGCAAAGUGGUGAAUGGCCGGACAGGACUCUGUGAUGGUUGGCUUAAAUUGGGUGUUCAUGAUUUCUGACUCUUGCCAUUUACAACUGUUAUUGUUCAAAAGGGAAUGUGAACUGAGUUUGUAUUUUUGUCAUUGAUCGCAAGUAAAGCUGGUGUGGUAAUUUACAAA